GGGCACUUGGGGACACACGGGAACGUCUGGGUGUCUAUACCGGGUAGAGUGUUUCAGCGCGUCUUAAAUGAGUGAGGCCACGGGUACUGGGUCUAGCCAGGAGGACCGCUCCUCCAUUCUGCCUCAGUUUCCUUAGCAUGAAGAGGGAGGAUGGAAGAGGCUAGUGAGCCAGACAGUUUGAGUGUGGGUCUGGGGCAGGUCAGCUCCCUUUGGGUGUGUUUCCUGCCAAAAAGAGAUAGGGUGUGGGGCAAGCAAAGGCUUCUCCAUUUCCCAGAGAAGGCUGAUCACCCAGGAUCGUGGCUGUCAGGAAGGGAACCCAGGCAGGGCAAGUGGAGCCGGGAGCAAGUGCUGGAGGGGGUACUAUUCCUCCGGCUCCACUUUUUCCAGGGAUAGUCACUUUGUGAGAGAAAGCGAACGUCCUGGACGUUCUGGGAUAGGAAGUUGCAACUGACCAGAGGGAAUCCCGUAGUUGCUGCCGUUUUGUCCUCUUUGGGACCCCCCAAAAACAACGGAUCAUGUUUUGGCAGGGGGACCUCAGAUUUGGACAUACUAGACUGGACAGAGACAUUCAGGGUAAAAGAAGGUGACAGAGACAGGCAGAGAUGGAGAGAGAGGCGGAGAAAAGCCAGGUUGAUAAAAGACCAUCUUCUCCCCUGCAUGCAUUGGAUCUGCUUUUAAGUGCCCUCCCCCCACCACCACCCCCGUAGUCCCAGUGCCCUGUUCCUAACCUUCCUGCUAGCCCUGUCCUCUAGCUCUGUGCCUCGAGCAUCCUGAACAGCUUGCUUUCUUCACGUACCUACCCCUCACCCAGUCAGACCUGGGCGGUCCAGCUCAGGGGAGGGAAGGACAGAGGACAGAGGUGCCCAAAUGCGGCAGCGCUCACAGGGCUUCAAAAAUAACCCAGUAGGGCUGGGCUACCAUUCUGAGUCAUCCAUUGGGGACACAGCUCUGUCGGCACCUGCUGCUGUUUUCUCGGGAAAACUUAAGAAGCCAAAAAGGGGGAGAAGCACCAGCCGGCAGUAGCUCUAAAAAUAGGCUGCAUCUCAGGAUGUUCCCCAGGGAGAUGCUGAGCCUCCCCACUGCAGAUGGAGCCUCUGGGAGGCAGGUGGUGGGUGCCUGUGGGUGUGCAUGCAGGUGUGUGUGUGUGUGUGUGUGUGUGUGUGUGUGUGUGUGUGUGCACUCUUGGGUGUAUGUGUGCAUGGGUAUGUGUUCCGCUGUGGUCCUUUCAUUGGGAUUCCAAUAGGAGGUGUUUAUGUAUGAGGAUGCAUAUAUGUAUGUGUCAGAUAUAAUCAGCAGGACUGGUGGGCAGGGAGAGCUCGGACCUUCCUGAUCUGGCCCUUCAAGCUGGCACAAGCUGUAUCCCAUUGCCCAGGGAGAUCGUCAGUCACCCAUCAACAUCGUAUCCAGCCAGGCUGUAUAUUCGCCCAGCCUGCAGCCACUGGAGCUUUUCUACGAGGCCUGCAUGUCCCUCAGCAUCACCAACAAUGGCCACUCUGUCCAGGUGGACUUCAAUGACAGCGAUGACAAAACUGUGGUGACUGGGGGACCCCUGGAAGGGCCCUAUCGUCUCAAGCAACUCCACUUCCAUUGGGGCAAGAAGCAUGAUGUGGGCUCAGAGCACACGGUGGAUGGCAAGUCCUUCCCCAGUGAGCUACAUCUGGUUCACUGGAAUGCCAAGAAGUACAGCACUUUUGGGGAGGCAGCUGCAGCCCCUGAUGGCCUGGCUGUGGUUGGUGUCUUCCUGGAGACAGGAGAUGAGCACCCCAGCAUGAACCGCCUGACAGAUGCACUCUACAUGGUUCGGUUUAAGGAUACCAAGGCUCAGUUCAACUACUUCAACCCCAAGUGCCUCCUGCCCACCAGCCGGCACUACUGGACCUAUCCUGGCUCUCUGACCACACCCCCGCUCAGCGAGAGUGUUACUUGGAUUGUGCUCCGGGAGCCCAUCAGAAUUUCUGAGAGGCAGAUGGAGAAAUUUCGGAGCUUGCUUUUCACCUCAGAGGAUGAUGAGAGGAUCCACAUGGUGAACAACUUCCGGCCACCCCAGCCGCUGAAGGGCCGAGUGGUCAAAGCAUCCUUCCAGGCCUGAGCUUCCCACCUGCCCAGCCAGCCACUGGGGCACCAUCUUCCCAAGGGCUUCCAUGUCAGCGGACACCAAACCAUCUGAGGCUCACUCCCUGAGGGUGCUCUGGGCCCUCCUUCAGCUGGCUCGCUCCUUAGCCACAUUGGAGGGCUCUUGAUGAGACUCUUGAGUUGGGGGUACCCUUCUGCUGCUCUGGGGGCUGAAAGAACAGGAACUGAGCAGGGGUCCAAGCCUGGGCCGCCUCUGCUCCCCAAGACCCAAAGACCCCUGGGAACAUCCUCUUGUCUUCCCUGCUGGCUGUGUCGGCAGCCCCAACUGGAGCUCACACUGUGAUGGCCAAGACACAGCUCCCUGGGGUAGCAGCUGUCUCUGCCAUAAAGACUCAAGCAAUAAUUAGAGGUGGGCAGAGCUGCCCACUCUGCAUUACCUCUUUUGCAGGCCUCUGCCAUACAUGCACCUCACUGCCAGGCCAUUGAAACAGCACCCAGAUGCUGGAGGUGAUGUGGCCUCCUCCAGCCACCUGCUGCCACGGGCAGGCCCUGGCUAUAUAGCUUAUAUACUAUCUCCCUUUGUCCUUACCCAGCCACCAAAGCCACCUACAUAACAACCCAUUCAUGUACUAACAAAUAAAUUCAUUUAUUCAUGGAACGAA